AUGGCUACGCCCAAUAAAAAGCCAGCCAAGCCCGAGGCAAACCCUCUACUCAAAUCUUACUACGAAUCCCUAGAAUCCCGCAUCGGAUACCGCCUUGUUCUCGGAGGGACCCGUCACUUCGGCUACUAUGACAGCCCUUCAUCAUGGGCCUUCCCAGUAGGGAAAGCACUGCGCGCCAUGGAGGAGAAACUAUUCCUCGCGCUCGGCCUCCCCCAGGGCUCGCAAGUCGUCGACGCCGGCUGCGGCGUGGGCCACGUAGCGCUGUACAUGGCACGGCGCGGGCUACGCGUCACCGCCAUCGACCUGAUCGACCACCACAUCGCCAAAGCCCAGCGCAACGUCGCCCGCGCCCGCCUACCCCCGGGGCAGGUCACGGUCCAAAAGAUGGACUACCACCACCUGGACGCCAUCCCCGAUGCCUCCCAUGACGGGCUCUACACCAUGGAGACCUUCGUGCACGCCACCGACCCGGAGAAGGCCCUGGCCGGGUUCCACCGCAUCCUGCGGCGGGGUGGUAGGAUAGCCCUGUUUGAGUACGACCACACCGUCGGCGUGGAGGAGCAUAUCCCGCAGAAGGUGGCCGACGAGAUAGACUUGGUCAACAAGUACGCCGCCAUGCCCACCAAUGCGCGCUCGCAUGACGGAGUGUUUAAGCAGAUGCUGGAGGAUGCUGGGUUUGUGGAUGUCGAGGUGGUGGAUUACUCGGCGAAUAUCCGGCCCAUGUUGAGGUUGUUUUAUCAGCUGGCGGCGGUGCCGUACUUCUUCAUCAAGCUGUUCAGGCUGGAGCGUUGGUUUAUCAACACGGUGGCUGGCGCUCAGGGCUAUCUGCACCAGGAGCAUUGGCGUUAUGUGGUUGUCAUGGGGAGGAAGCCCGGGGGCACGAUCGAGGGAGCCAAGACGAAGUAG